CACGAGUCGUGAGUUCUUCUCAUCGUUCGCUCUGCAUGUUGAGUCGUGAGUACGUCGCGAGUCAAGUUCAGGGCCGCACAAUCAAGUCAUCCAUCCCGUCAUCCCAUUCAACUUGGACGCCAUCAUCUGGCCCACACUCUGCCGAGCUCUCUCUUCAGUGCUACUAUCACCAACAAUCAGCAAGGAGAGUUGUAACGUUCGGCACUGCUUCCUCCUCGAUCAAGAACAGCCCAUCGUAGAGCGCAAGUCUCUGCAGAGUCGACUCUUCGUUCCGAAGUGCCACCCCCUCGAGGCAAUUGAGCCUUCUGGCCGGAUCAUCACACCACACGUAGGGCAAUUGUUCGACAUUUGAAUUUGCCGCGCAUACAAGAGGCCAAUCAUAGACCAUUGGCUACAGUAAACCAUUUUGACCAUCUCACAAGCCCCCUCGUUGCGUCUACUGUUAGCCUCCGCUAAGGUCGUCCAAGAUGCCGCCCUCGAAAGCAGCCGGAGGCAAGAUGAUGUCGCUCAUCAAUUACAGAUUGCGGGUAACUCUGGACGAUGGUCGACAACUGACUGGUCAAAUGUUAGCUUUCGACCCCCACAUGAAUCUCAUCCUCGCCGACACGGAGGAGUUCCGCAGGUUGAAGAGGAAAGGAGGAGGAAAGAAGCGCAAAGCUGCGUCUGCUGGUUUGAAGGGUGAAGAAGAAGAAGAUGAUGACGAUGAAGAGGUCAAGGCUCCAGAGCCGGAGCAGAAGAGAACGCUUGGCCUGAUCAUUUUGAGAGGAGAAAAUGUCGUCAGCUUAAGCGUCGAUGGUCCUCCUCCCGCUGAUAAGGUAGCAAGCGGGCCAGGUCUCCAACCAGGACCUGGACGUGGCGCUCCAGCAGGGCGAGGUAUGGGUCUGCCCAUGGCCGGAGGCCCAGGCGGCCCUACAGCGCUGGGCGCGCGUCCUAUGGCGUACGGUCGACCUCCUCCGACAGGCCCACCACCGGGGAUGGGCAUGCCAGGUGGUCCCCCUCCCGGCUUUGGAGGACCUCCGCCCGGAAUGCCUGGACGACCCCCUCCUCCUGGAUUCGGCCCACCGCCUGGAAUGCCUGGAGGACCCCCACCCGGCUUUCAAGGCGGUUUCAGACCUCCUCCAGGCAGCUACGGACCACCGGGCCAGUGAUCACACACGAUUGGAGGGUCACGCACGCUGCUCGCAAGAAUCACCCUUGGAUGAGGGUCAAUGUGAAAUCAUGAAGGCGUUCAAAGAGGUGCUCGAGGCCUCGCAAUACGCAAGCUUCGUCAAGUCAUCCCAAAGCCUGCAUGUCAUACCUUCUCUAGAAGGAGCUUUAAGCCUGCACGCCCGCGACUUCGUCCCUCGCGUGCUGCGCUAAGCUAUCAAAUUCAGAAGGUAGAGAAAGAUGGAAAAUACGAUGUAAACAUACAACCUCCCCUACACAAAAUGCUUCGAUGAGCCCACGAGACGUC